AAGAGUUGGAGGCGACCGCACAAGCCUUUGUCUUCUUCCUAGAUGGCUUCGAAACAUCGUCGACUACGGCGACGUUCUGCCUGUAUGAGUUAGCCAUACAUCAGGAUAUACAAGACAAAGUUCGCCAGGAGAUCAAUGAGACAUUAAAAAAGCAUGGUGGACUGACUUACGAUGCUGUGAACGAAAUGACGUAUCUGCAGAAAGUAGUCCAAGAAACCUUACGGAAAUAUCCACCUGUACCUAUUUUAAAUCGUGUCUGUACCAAAGAGAUAGUCCUCCCAACGACAAACGUUCGCAUCCCGGAAGGGACAUCGAUCACUAUACCAGUGCUCGGAGUACAACGAGAUCCGUCAAUAUACCCGGAUCCGGACAAAUUCGAUCCUGAACGUUUCAACGCAGACCAAGUGGCGGCGAGGCAUCCUUACGCUUACUUGCCUUUCGGGGAAGGGCCGCGAAUGUGUAUUGGUGAGAUCAAAUCAAUCUAUUUUUAUUACAUCUUCGUAUAUUUUUUACCUUUCAGAUCGAUAAGUUGAUUUUUUUAGUGUUCAUGAUUAUAUAUAUUUUGGAAUUUAUAGCUAUAUUAUAACAUCUAUAUAUAUUAUAGCAUUCAUAUAUUUAAAUAUUGUGUUAGUUGUAAAAGUACAAAGAAAUUUUUAAAAUUUUCGAUCGAUUGAAGUUAUUAUUGUAGCGUUAUAUAGUUUGCUUUUUUUACUUACAACUUACAAGUAAAUCCACGGAAGUGUACUUCCGACUUACAAGUAAACCCUCCAAUUUCGAUGAGCUUGAAAUAUAUUGUAAUCUAUAUAUUGUAAUAAAUAUAUUAUAAUCUAGACCAAUAAGGAGACACGUUUUUUUUUAUAUGUGCCCAUACGCACUUUUAAGGGGUGAAAUUGCCCUUCGAAAAAAGCUUUUUUAUUGUUGAUUAUUUACACAUAUGCCAACAUUAUGUUUUUGAAUGACACUUAGCAAAAGUCGUGUUAACAUUUCCUAUACUCUGACCAUCUAAUUUAUAUUUAUAAGUGAUUUGCGUUGCUUAAGUCACAUAAAUAAGUUUUUUUGAACUCUAUUAAUAAUCUAAACUGCUAAUUUUCUAUCCUAUUUAUAGUCACUUUUUAUAGUCAAGUGGGAGCGUGAUAAUCAUACAAAUAAUAAGGGAAACAUGAGUGAUAUAAAAAUAGAUUAGAAGUUAGAUGAUCAGAAUCUAAACAAAUAUGUUUUUGUGAUUUUUGCGAUGCAAAUCGUUCAUAAUCAUAAUAUAAACUGAUCAUAUACAGGGUGUCCGCUAACUGAUCGAGCAACCGCCAUGUACAGAUAGAACGGAUCAAAACAAUCAUAAAAGUUAUAUACCAUUUUGAAAUUUUUUCAAU